GCACUCCGCCUCGGCCGCCGGACCGCGCGUUCGCCUCGCCCCCUGUCCCGCCGCAGCCCCGGGGCCCCUCACCGCCGCCACCAUGGACGCCAUCAAGAAGAAGAUGCAGAUGCUGAAGCUCGACAAGGAGAACGCCUUGGAUCGAGCCGAGCAGGCGGAGGCGGAUAAGAAGGCAGCGGAGGACCGGAGCAAGCAGCUCGAGGAGGACAUCGCAGCCAAGGAGAAGCUGCUGCGGGUGUCGGAGGACGAGCGGGACCGGGUGCUGGAGGAGAUGCACAAGGCAGAGGACAGCCUCCUGGCCGCCGACGAGGCCGCCGCCAAGGUACCCAGGGCGCGCGGCGCGGCACGGCGCACGAAAGGCUAACUCUGUCUCUCUCUCUCUCUCUGUCUCUCUCUCUCGCUCUCUCCCCCUCCCUGUCUCCCCCCGCCCCGUCUCUCUCUUUCCCACUGUCCCUGUCCUUCUGGUUCUGUGCACCCACACCACUCCCCUGCGUCACGCUGCCUGCUGCACCCCCCUCCCCGUCCCCCACGGCCAACUCCCAGCUGGAAGAUGAGCUGGUAGCGCUGCAAAAGAAACUCAAGGGCACUGAAGAUGAACUGGACAAAUACUCCGAGGCUCUCAAAGAUGCCCAAGAGAAGCUGGAGCUGGCUGAGAAAAAGGCCACGGACGCUGAAGCCGAUGUAGCAUCUCUGAACAGACGCAUCCAGCUGGUUGAGGAAGAGUUGGAUCGUGCGCAGGAGCGUCUGGCCACGGCUUUGCAGAAGCUGGAGGAGGCCGAGAAGGCAGCGGACGAGAGUGAGAGAGGCAUGAAAGUCAUUGAGAGUCGAGCCCAAAAAGAUGAGGAAAAAAUGGAAAUUCAGGAGAUCCAACUUAAAGAGGCCAAGCACAUCGCUGAGGAUGCCGACCGCAAGUACGAAGAGGUGGCCCGUAAGCUGGUCAUCAUUGAGAGUGACCUGGAGCGCGCAGAGGAGAGGGCUGAGCUCUCGGAAGGCCAAGUUCGACAGCUGGAAGAACAAUUAAGAAUAAUGGAUCAGACCUUGAAAGCAUUAAUGGCUGCAGAGGAUAAGUACUCGCAGAAGGAAGACAAGUAUGAGGAAGAGAUCAAGGUCCUUUCUGACAAGCUGAAGGAGGCUGAGACUCGGGCCGAGUUUGCAGAGAGGUCAGUAACUAAGCUGGAGAAAAGCAUUGAUGACUUAGAAGAGAAAGUGGCUCAUGCCAAAGAAGAAAACCUUAGUAUGCAUCAGAUGCUGGAUCAGACUUUACUGGAGUUAAACAACAUGUGAAAACCUCCUUAGCUGCGACCACAUUCUUUCGUUUUUGUUUCUGUUGUUCUUUGUUUCGUUUUGUUUUCAAAGCACCUGCUUGCCAUGAAACCCCGUCAAUGCAUUUUUACCUGCCUUUACCACUGUCACAGAAACAUCCGCCAUACCAGCUACGUCGGGGGGGGGGCGACACACAGCAGAAGGCAAGCCCACGUCAGGGCGCCCAUGAUUUAAACGUGCCAUUUCCCGGGUUGACGUUGCCACACUGUGCAAAGAGUUGAGCAACACGGUAUGCUUAGUCAGUCUAGGAGUCCUCACUGAAGCAGAAAGACUUCCACUCAAAGUGCCAACGGUAUGGUCAGCAAGAAGGUUAACGUUGGAAACAGGGCUGCUGGAUCGGUGCUACUUUAAACAAAAGGUCCCCCGAUGGCCUUUUGUUCAAUAGUGUGCAAUUUAGAAGUCUGUCCAACACUAAUUUAUUUUGCCUUGAGCUUUACUGCGAGAUGAGACUGUGGAUCCUUAUGCCCGAAUUCACCAAAGCCAAGGGUUUAUAAGCCAAGCGGCUCUUAAGAGUCCCGUUUCUUUCUCAUUGGCACACGUGCAGCUCGUGACCAAGUGUAGGCUAGCAUUCCAUGUGGAUUUCCACUGCAGUGCUCCAUGUUCAAGUGAAAGAUUAAGGCACUACAUACAGUUGGUGAAGAAAAAGAAAACCUUUCUCCAAGAGUUAUAACUAUAUGUAAACAGUGUAUAAUGAUAUGGAAUAAAAUGCACAUUGUAGGACAUUUUCUA